UUCGCCUCCUACAAAUACUCACCCACCCUGACCCACCCUGUCCCUUUCUCCUCCUCCUCCUUCCCCACCGCGCCUCGCCGCCGCCGUGCGUUGGAUUCGGGUGGCCAUGGGGGUGUACCUCAGCACGCCCAAGACGGAGAAGCACUCCGGCGACGGCGGGAACGACCGCCUCCGCUACGGCCUCGCCUCCAUGCAGGGGUGGCGGACCACCAUGGAGGACGCGCACACUGCUCUGCCAAGCCUUGAUGAUUGCACGUCCUUUUUUGGCGUCUAUGAUGGCCACGGAGGGAAGGCAGUAUCUAAGUUUUGUGCGAAACAUCUACACUUGCAAGUACUGAAAAAUGAGGCUUAUUCAUCUGGUGAUUUGGCUACUUCUGUCUUAAAGUCAUUUUUCAGGAUGGACGAGAUGAUGAAAGGGCAACGGGGGUGGAGAGAACUGGCUGAGUUGGGAGACAAGGGACAAAAGUUUGCUGGCAUGCUAGAGGGCAUAAUAUGGUCCCCCAAACCCGGAGAUUCGGAUAAACCUGAGGACAGCUGGACUGAGGAGGGUCCUCAUUCUACUUUUCCUGGACCAACAUCUGGAAGCACUGCUUGCGUGGCUAUCAUAAGAAAUGAUGAACUGAUUGUUGCAAAUGCUGGUGAUUCCCGGUGUGUUCUCUCAAGGAAGGGUCAAGCUUAUGACCUGUCCAAAGAUCACAAGCCAGAUCUUGAUGCAGAGAAGGAGAGGAUACUGAGUGCUGGUGGUUUCAUUGUCGCUGGACGGGUCAAUGGAAGUUUGAACUUGGCAAGGGCAAUUGGGGAUAUGGAAUUGAAGCAAAAUGAACUUCUACCAGCCGAGAGACAGAUUGUCACUGCUGAACCUGAAUUGAACACAAUUAAACUUUCCGAGGAUGAUGAGUUCAUCAUUUUAGCUUGCGAUGGCAUAUGGGAUUGCAUGACAAGUCAAGAAGUGGUGGAUUUUGUCCAUAAAGAAAUGAACACUGAGGAUAGUCUAUCUGCUGUCUGCGAGAAGUUGCUUGACCAUUGCUUGGCACCUGUAUCUGGUGGUGAUGGCUGUGAUAACAUGACAGUGAUCUUAGUUCAGUUCAAAAAGCCAAGCAAAUCAGCUGCUACUUCAAGUACCGAUCAAUCUGUCUCUUCAGAGAUGCGACCAAAAAUUUGAGCCCUUACCUUUGUGAACAGCGAGCUUGAUGAUGGCCCAAGCGAUCCGUCGAAGUAGAGAACACGCCGAGACCGAACCAUGGAGUUCCAACCGGUGAUAGACAAAAGGAAUAGUAAGUGGUGUAUAUAAGAAAGGGAUUCUAUUCGACAAUCUAUAUAUAGGGUUUGUUCUUUCUUUAUUUCUUGUUUCUAGCAUCCUUUUUUGCGCCACAACCUGUAAUACAUGGCAUAUCGAACUGGGUUGUGUGAAAUGCAUGAAUUUUCCAGUGCUCUUUCUUCGUACUGCUGCUGCUGUUCUCUGCCUGGAAU